UGUCAUAAAUGCUGCGCCACGGAAUGCUCAACGGUCUCCUUGUUUGAGGCAGGGUUUAACGAAGCAAAACCAAUAUCAAGUACCCACUGGAACCUGCUUAUGUGCUACUUUUCUACAUGUACCCCUAAAAAGAUGGAGUUUGUUAAAGAGGAGUUUAUUAAAGAGGAGAGUAAAGAUUUCAGUAUUUCAGAACCAAUCAGACUGAACAAUGAAGAUACUGAGGAACAAAGAGAGCUGAUGGAAGUGAAAGAGGAAAGUGAGGAGCUGAAUGAAGAGGAGGAGAAACAUCAGUAUCAGAAACCUGAUGAUUUCAUAACUGGAGAAAAAUCUUAUAGCUGCUCUCAGACAGAAAAUAAAUUCUCACAAAAAAGAACUCUUAGAAGAAAAACAAAAAAUUCUUUCACCUGCCCUCAUUGUGAUAAGAGUUUUAAACAUAAAGGAAACCUUAAUGUCCACAUAAGAACUCACACUGGAGAGAAGCCUUUCGCAUGUCUUCAGUGUGGAAAGAGUUUCAGGCAGAAAGUAAACCUUUCGUAUCACAUGAAAACUCACACUAGAGAGAAGCCUUUCACAUGCCUUGAGUGUGGAAAGUGUUUCAGACAGAAAGUAAACCUUUCGUAUCACAUGAAAACUCACACUAGAGAGCCUUUCAAAUGCCUUGAGUGUGGAAAGAUUUUGGCAAGUCCAUGUAGCCUAAGAAAACACAGAAAUAUUCACUCUAAUCAAUUACACCACUGUUCUCAUUGUGGCAAGAGUUUCAAACAGGGAGACAGUCUCAGACUUCAUCUGCGCUAUCACUUUGAAGAAAAGCCAUUUAGCUGUGAUCAGUGUGGUCAAAAAUUUAUUUUUGCAUCAAUGCUAAAAAGACACUUGAAACUUCAUGAGUCUAAUGAGAAGCCUUACAGCUGCACUGUUUGUGGAAAGAGUUUUUCACAGCUGGCUUAUAUGAAACAGCACCAGAGAAUACAUUUGGGUGUAAAACCUCAUGUAUGCUCAGAGUGUGGUAAAGCUUUUAUCAGAGCUGAAGACUUGAAAGUGCAUGAAAGAAUUCAUACUGGAGAAAAACCUCACAAGUGCUCACAUUGUGGAAAGGGUUUCAAACGGCCCAAACAGCAGAAAAGACAUGAGAAAGUGCAUACUAGAGAGAAUCCAUUCUACUGCUCUCCAUGUGGAAAGAGUUACAGUUCAUCAAGUACUCUACGGACACAUUUAAGGAAGUUUUGCCCAAAUAUGUUACAUUGAGCAAAUUUUAUCUUGAGGAUCUUGAUCAUGUGAAAGAGACUAAAAGAGUGAGACAGAUAUAUUAGAUAUACCAGAUUAAAUAACCAUGAUGUCACACAGCAGGCCACCACACUCCCGGGUGCUUUCUGUGGUGACAGGUUCGUUUUGAGUAACGUUAUAGUAUUUACGUUGUGAGAUGAAAACAAAUACUAGGUUUGUGUCCCACUGCCCAAUUAUAGCUUUUUUAUCUUAUUAUCUCUAAAACAAAGCAAAUGUCUGUUUUGUUCAAUAAUUACAGUUAUUAGUCACUUAAGUUAGCUAACGUAAUCCAGUCCUGGAACACAAGUAACACUACACAUCUGAUUCUACUGAAUCUGAUCUGAAUUGAGUGUCAAAUAAGGGAGAAAUACGAAAUGUGUGGUUUUAGUGGUACUCUAGGAAAGGAUUGAGAAACACUGUAAUACAUAAUAAAAAAAAACAUUCUUAAAGGGGUCAUGUUUUUUAUUUGUAUUAUUAUUAAAGUAGUAUAUCCAAAUGUCGAUCACCCCGUGGCAUUGAAACGGCCACCUCCAUAACCUUUAAUAACCACCUUCCUGAGUUCCUAACGUCUAUCACCCUUGAUCUUGAAUCGACAAAUUUACAGCUCAUUAUUUUCACAUGCAAAUGAGCUUUUGAUUUGCCACAAAUGUUUGCCAGAAGUUUGCAGCUCUUCGCCAGUAGUGAUGAACCUUUACCAAACCUUUUGCAACAAUGGACAGUUUGCUGCAAGUUUGCUGCAAAGCUUAUUUGCAUGUGAAAUUUAUCAGUGGCGAAUUUGCGGCAAAUUUGCCAUGAACUCUCGAUUUUCGUAAGGGCCCCCACCUUUCUUGUUCAGAAACUUCCACAAGGUAUUUAAAUUAAAUUAAAUUAUACAGUGCAAUCAGUAAGAAUAAGAUUACAAAAAUCAAGGUUAUUUCACUGAAUUUGGGCACCCCUUAUCCGAGUAGAAACACUGAAUAGAUACCCCAGUGGUCUGAAGGUCGACCUUUAAUAACCACCUUUGUGAGGUCCUAUUGCUGCUGAUCUUAAAGCGACUACUCUCAUAGUCUUUAGCAAUAUGUCCCAUUGUAUGUGAAGCACACAAUCAAAUUACAACAGUUGUUUGACUGAAAUAACUAUGUAAAACAAAGUCAGUACACUGUUGCUCCCCAAUGCUUAUAGUAUAUUACAAGAUUUGGUGAUAAAAUAAUGCUAUAUAAAGUGAAAAUAGUCCAGUCUAACACAAGUUGCGAAUGUGAAGGGUUAAUAAAUCUGUAUCCAGCUGUUGGGAGAGGGUUUCCGUGUCUCAUCUUAAGGGAUGUUUGCAGUUGAUUCCACCUUGAUCGAUUCACCAGUCGACUGACAGUAUCGCUGUUUAAAAAUGGGACAAUGGCCGUCCAAAUGUAUUAAUUGCGACCAAAUUACAGGACGUCUUGGCUAACACGAGACAGUUGAGACAGCUGGCAGCCUUCCUAGCAUUAAUACAACAUUUUCUUUCAUACCCUUUCACUGCGCUAUGCGUUCUUCUUGCAUAAUAAAAUUAUUUGAUCUCAAAUCAGUAUUUCAUGAUCAAUUAUGUUUUACUUUGGUAAGUAACUGUGUAAUAAGCAAGAUUCGCUCAGAGUUGGAGAUAUUUUGAGAUAAAACCGACUGACUGUACAGUCCCUUACAUAUCAAACAAACACAAUGUUGAAACAGCCAUUUUAAAUUUGUUACUCACCGGCAUUACUGUCAUGUCCAAUACAGUUGGCACUGCUCUGUCUUUCAAUAUAAGGUUCUUUGCAAAGCUUUAAUCUUGGCCCUCAAAAUAAUCAGUAGAGAAAUGUGCCACAAACAUAUAAUCCCACACUGAUGCUUAGUUUGAACACGCAACCAUUCCUAAUGUUGGGAUCCUUCAGAAGGCUAUACAGAGAUGCAGUUUAUUCAUAACAAGGAACACAAUAACGUCUGGGUACGUUACUCCACAUCUUAAUCUUUUUGUUUAUUUAAAGCUAAUUUUCAGAGUUGGAGUACCUCAGCCACUCUCUCUAUGAAUUUACUGCAACAAUUACAUAUGUUGUGGAGGCAGGGCUAUUUAAAUAAAACCACCAUUCCUACCAAACUAUGGGGCCGAUUUCAAAAUGAGUCAUUUUUGCAAGGUGGAAACAACAAAUGCUCUUUUUGGGCUGAAGCUGAUGUUUUGAGUUCCGAAACUUUUUCUUACAUGUCAAAAUAUCAAGAAAAAAUUUGAUUUUUCAUGACAUGACUCCUUCAAAGACAAAAACAUUAAGGUAUGACUUUCUAUAAAGGUGUUCAUUGGGCCUUUAAGGCAUUACAGAAUGAUUUCCUGUAAAGCUUCUUUGAAAUGAUGUGCACUGUGAA